GGAGCUGACAGAGGCGGCCUAUGAGAAGCUGGCAGAUGAGACUCUGGACGCACUGGCUGAGUAUUUUGAAGACCUGGCAGAUGAAGAUUUCACUGGAGCAGACUAUGAUGUGGUUUUCGCUAGUGGUGUAUUAACUGUGAAAGUGGGCGGGGCUUAUGGCACAUACGUCAUCAACAAACAGACGCCCAACAGACAGAUCUGGCUGUCUUCCCCCAGCAGUGGACCAAAGCGGUACGACUGGACCGGUGAACGCUGGGUGUAUACUCAUGACGGUAUCGGUCUGCACCAACUACUUUCUACAGAGUUUUCUAUCAUUUUCAAUAAAAACAUUCACAUGAAGAACUUACCCCACUCCUGAAAGAUGGAAUGUAAAAAUGACUGUUUUCUGUGUAAGUUUCUGAAAAACUCUUGUGAAAA